UACAUGUUCAAUAGCCCCUGCUAGUUCUGAGCUGGCAGGAGUGAUGUAGGCAGUUACAGAUAAAAUUAUUCGUGUAAAGUGUGCUUAAAGGAGGAGCCGGAUUCGCGAGGAGUUUUUUAAAGUGUUACUAUCAUUUACCACGCAGUUCCCUCCCAGCACAAGUGGGAGUGUGCGAUAGAAAUAAAGUGCGAGAGGUAAGGUAGGCAGGCCAAUUAUCCCAAAGCAAUUUAGAGGAGGAAUUUUUGCGCGUUGUCUGCGGUUAGGUGCGGGAUAACUGAAAAGAAGAUGACUGAGAACUGCGUGACGCCUCACCGUGGGAAGGUGCUUACCAUGGACACUAUGAACCCCAAUAUCAAGAGAGUGGAGUACGCCGUGAGGGGUCCCAUUGUGCAGCGCGCCGUGGAACUAGAGAGAGAGCUGCGGGAGGGUGCGAAGAAGCCCUUUUCAGAGGUCAUUAAGGCCAAUAUUGGAGAUGCCCACGCCAUGGGCCAGAAACCAAUCACCUUUCUCAGACAGGUCCUCGCUCUCUGUUCCUAUCCGGAUCUCCUGAACGAAGACCAUUUCCCAGACGAUGCCAAGCUGCGUGCGCGCCGCAUUUUACAGGCCUGUGGAGGAGGCAGCAUCGGGGCAUACAGUAUGAGUCAGGGGUUGGAGUGCGUGCGCCAAGACGUGGCGCGGUACAUUGAGCGGAGAGAUGGCGGGAUCCGCUCCGACCCCAGCAACAUCUACCUCUCCACCGGCGCCAGCGACGCCAUUGUGACGAUGCUGAAGCUCCUCGUGUCGGGUGAGGGGUCCACUCGGACGGGAGUGAUGAUCUCCAUUCCACAGUAUCCGCUGUACUCUGCUGCCCUGGCAGAGCUGGGUGCCGUACAAAUCAACUACUACUUGAAUGAGGAGCAGUGCUGGAGCCUGGACGUUUCUGAGCUUCGCCAAGCUCUCACCGCUGCCCGCAAGCACUGCCGCCCGCGGGCACUCUGCAUUAUCAACCCUGGCAACCCCACCGGCCAGGUUCAGAGUAAGAAGUGCAUUGAGGAUGUGAUCCGAUUCGCUGCUGAGGAGCGUCUCUUCCUGAUGGCUGAUGAGGUAUACCAGGACAAUAUUUAUGCAGAGGGCUGCAAAUUUCACUCUUUCAAGAAGGUGCUGUUUGAGAUGGGCCCCGAGUUCUCCAACACUGUGGAACUGGCCUCCUUCCAUUCCACCUCCAAGUGCUACAUGGGAGAGUGUGGUUUCCGAGGUGGCUAUAUGGAAGUGAUUAACCUGGACCCUGCAGUAAAGGCCCAGCUACUUAAGCUGGUGUCAGUGCGGUUGUGUCCUCCCGUGCCAGGACAAGCCCUGAUGGAUCUGGUUGUAAACCCUCCCCAGGAAGGAGAGCCCUCUCACCCACAGUUCAUCAAGGAGCGCACUGCUGUGUUGAGCUCCCUUGCAGAGCGGGCGAGACUAGUGGAGCAGCUGCUGAACAGUAUUCCUGGGAUCAGCUGUAACCCAGUGCAAGGAGCCAUGUACUCUUUCCCCCGGAUCAACAUCCCGGAACGGGCAAUCAAGGAAGCACAGGCAAUGGGCCAAGCUCCAGACAUGUUCUACUGUCUGAGACUGCUGGAGGAGACUGGGAUCUGCCUGGUGCCAGGCAGCGGCUUUGGGCAGAAGGACGGCACCUACCACUUCAGGAUGACCAUCCUGCCCCCCACCGAGAAGCUGGAAGUUCUGCUGAGCAAACUGAAGGAAUUCCACCAGCGUUUCACCCGCGAGUACUCCUGAGCCCUGUCCGGGCCUCUCCCAGCUGGGGCAGGGGGUGUGGGGCACAGCUAUACUUGAUCCACUCCCUCAGCUAUAGACCAGGUGCUGCCUCCCUGGACUGGGGGGGAGGGAAGUUCUCCUUUUUUUUUUCUUUCUGCGGAUUUUGUGAUUAACAGUUCAUGUUAAGAGUGAUAAUUCUAAGAUAAAAACUAAUUUCUGGAUGAUUUUGCAAAACAAAUCCUAGGUAUUUGUGGAUCAGGACACAGGAGUUGUAUCUCAAAGACUUACUCCUCUUCCCACCUCACUAAUAGUCUGUUGUGGCCUGGGAAGAAUAUGCCUUUACCUUCUAGACUCAUGGAUAGGUAUCAGAGCCCACAGUAAGUCCCCACAAAUGGAUUUACACUGCAUUAAUUGCCCUUUGACUUUCCCUGGUGACCCAUAACCUGUCAGCUGACGUUAUAGAUUCUCUCUGGUACUGGCGCAUGGAAAGCCCUUCUUUGACUGCAGCUUUGUGGCUGUAUCUCUUGAGAAGAGAAGAGGAGGAAGAGCACAACAGUCUAUGGAUAGAGGCGGUCAGCUCUGAGGAUUCCUGCAGCUGUCCAGGUUCUCUGUGACACUCCUAGGGAGUGGUGGAGGGCAGCAAUAUGUCUGUUAUAGUAGGGUAGUCAACAUAUCUUUGAGAACAUGGCACAGACAUCUGGAAAUAUCAUUGGAAUUCUGAAAAAGAAAAAAGAUAUCUAUUACCCCACCUGUUUACUUUGCAACUGACUGGAAAAUAAACACUGAAGAGGUCUGCAGCUUUCCCCGUGUUCGCACAACCAGGGCACUGUCAAGUUCAGGGACUGCAGGCCUCCUCUCACCAUGCCUGCAGUUGGCCUGUGUGUGUUGCUCCCCUCUGGUGGUAGUGACUGCACACAACAUGCCAGGGUUCAGGUGUGUAGCUGUAAAGGGAAAAAAAGCUCACUACAGUAGAGCCAUCUACUGUACUUCUCUGAAAGUCAGUUAAAAAUUGUAUAGGUGUGGAUACAAGAGGUGAAAAAGGAAAUAUGUUUUUAAAACCUUAUGGAAAUGUUUGGGUUUUGGAACAUGCAUUGGGUUCUGCUUGGGAAUACUCCCUUUUGUAUGUUGCCCACAUGAAUGCAAAUACUGUACAGUAUGGUACAGUACAGUAUUUCAUUCCUACAGUUUCCAUUUAGAAAUCUUCUGUGGAACAGAAUAUCAAACUCCUGUUUGAUGGCAUUACAUGAUUAGACCAAUUUUAGCAAAGCAUUUCAAUAAAAAUAUUAAAUGAACAGUGCAUUGGGUUAAAAAUAUUCCCAGUACAAUUAGAUAUUUGCAUACAUGACUUAAUUAGGACAGAUGUGAGGUACGUUUGACUUAAAUAUCAACAAUAACCAUAAACUAGUUUGGAAAUGCUCCACAUCUCUGAUCAUCUCAUUUCUGCAGGGUCGUAUAGUUUUCAUCUUGGUGAUCACCUGAUCUUUAGCCGUUAUUUGCUGCACUGGCUGAUUUACUCAGAUUGAUCUAAAACUGACUGGAAAUAGUCAAUUCAGCGACUGCCUUCUGUGUUGCAAAGGGAGCCAUGAGUGGGACUGCAGUGUUGUGGUCACUGUGCUCUCUGAGAACUUUUGCCUAGGGUGCUCUGACUCUCAGGCACUUGAGUGAGGCCACAGAGCCAUCUACUGUAGUUCUCCUUCCAUAUUAGAGCUGGAAAUGUGCUAAUAGAAAGGAAGACUGGAUAACAAACCAGCUAAUUGAUCUCAGUCAUACUUUGGCUUCAGGUGUUAUGUGGUUCACCAAUGUUCCAUGCCCUGAAAUAAUUUGGGCAUUUAGACCAGAUUUAAAAUUUAUUGUAUAGGCAAUGGACUUUGCUUCAGGUAGAUGUCUUUCAAAUGUGUUGUGGUCAGGAGAAAAUUGUUGUAUUUUAAGAAUUUAGUAAGGCAUUUCUGAGCUGCAGUCCUGUGAACCAGCUAGAAGUCCAGCAUGUCCUGGUUGUAAACUCUCUAAAUCCAUUUUAGAAUGAAACUGGUGUUGCAGAAUGAAUAAUAUCACAAACUUAAUUCUCCAUUUAUUGCUGUUUGAUUAGGGAGCAGGAUGACUUAGCACGUCUCCAGCACUGGUACAGGCAAAACUCUGUCACAGAGCAAUGGACACUCCGACUGGACAAUGUUACUGUGCUAAAACCAAGGUGCACACAGGCUUUAAUAUGUUCUGUAGCCUUUCUAACAUGCAGAAUACUUUGUGAGUUCUGUCAUGUACUAAACACUUGUUCCACGUUUAUAUGGCAAUUAUACUUUCUACCUGAGUGACUGAUAAUUAUUUUCUAAUAAAUUAAUACUAAACUAAUACAAUUAUUGUAACCUAAGCCUUAAUUGUGUGAAAGUGGAAUGAUUGUAAAUUGGAGACGAAACAGCACUUUAUCUUUGGGACAAUGGCAGUCAAGACUUGUCUGUUUUAACUACAGUGGCUAUAACUGCCAGGCUCCCAUUGUACCAAUACAUUUCAGGAUUUUGCACCUGUACAAUGUAUCUGAAUAUAAUGAGAGGUGCUUAUUUCAUGCUAGUUGCCUUAUUUUGAGUAAAAUGGUGUGAAUGGAUUUAAAUCUUCUUGUAAAUGUAUGUUUGUACUUCAGGACAAGUUACAGCUUGUUAAACCUGUAAAACUGUCUAUCUGCUAUGAAACUGGAGUCACAGCAUCACCUCAUUCCUAUAAGGCCAGUGUCUCAGAACAUGUAUGUCUCUGUGGUGCAGUUCCAGUGUUGUCUCUGUACUAGAGAAAUCUCAUUAAAAUUAAUUGAAGUGUAGGGGGCAGUAUCUAAAACCUGGAGCAGGUGUCACUGGAUAUCUUUACAGGUUGGCAGGGUCACACACACCUCUGCCUCCACCCCUCAGUUUCUGUAUUCACGGUGUGAAGAACACUUUGUAGUGCUGUUUGAACAGAUUGAUCUCUGCUGCUCCUUCAAUGUUAGUUUUCUGGAGAAGAAUCUGGUACUGUGCUUAAGGUAGCACUGCCUUUACAUGUUGCCUACUGCCAAGCACUUGAGAAUUUUAAAUACUGGUGCCUUAUUUCUGGUGCUUGUAGUAUACCGUUCUGGCUCUGGAAAAAUGGAAGUCUGCCUUCUCUGCAACCACCUACCCGCGAGGAAGCAGAGAGGGUGCAGACUGUUCUCCAACUUAGGCAGGAUCAGGAGGGGAUCUGGAUAUAUCAUUGACUUAAAAGAACAGACCCUGACCCUGAGUGCUUCCAUUCCAGCCUGCACUAGACCUCAGCUUCACCCCUCACCUCUGGGCUUAGCUUAGAUGGUGAAUAUAAUCAAAGCCAUCAGGAUGACUACACCUCGCACUUCCUCCAGAAGUAUCUACUUCUUGUUCUUGUUCCAGUUACUUAUAGGCUUUCAACACUGCUGGUAAACUGCUGCAACCUUUCCCAAUACAAAAAAAAAGACAUGAGUAAAAAGUCAUUCCUAGGCAAGCAUAAAAGCCAAAAAAGAAGUAGAGGUGGGGAAGGGGAAUCGGGGAUUGUGGGAUCUGUUGAUACUCUGGGCCAAGUGACAUAUUCAUGUCAGUUACUUUUUUAUGGUUUUGGUGCUCCAGGCAGACAACUGGAGAUGAAGCACUGAAACACAGGGCAGUCACUCCCUCCCUGUAAGAUUUUCUGUCUUUUAAAAAACCUGCAUGAUUCUCCGAAUUGCAACCAUAGUGCUCCUUCAAGUACCUUUCAGUGCCACUGCACAAUUAACAGUUGUUGCAUCUGUGUUCCUCUAUCCUGCCUCAUCAGAAUGUGGCUCCGAGAAGGAAAUUUGCACGUCUUCACAAUUCACAAUGCCUUCUCCAAAGUGUUUAAGGUUAGAAAGGAAUGACUCUACAAAUUGUGAUAUAAAAAUGGUAUGGUGUUUUACCUAAUGAAUUAACUGCGAUCAUAGACAAUAAAAAUCUAUGCUAGUA